AUGGUACUCGGACCAAACCCUCGCCCUUUGCCAAAUGUCUUGCUCUUUGGGCUUGUCCCAGUCGCCUCUUGGUUCGUUGUGCGGCCGUUCAUUGACCCAGUGCCCCAUGUACCGGCCCUUUACACUUCUAUUGGAUUCUCCAUAUUUGCUUUUUUGACUGCAUUGUACUUGAUUCCGGCUCUGGGACCGACGUUUAUCAAAUCAAACUUGAAAGGGAGGGAUCUGCUAAAGACUUAUGCUACGCCCAUACCAGAAAGCCAGGGUCUCAUAUGUGGAGCGGUGUACAUUCUGUCGCUUAUUCUGUUCAUUCCGUUCGCCUUUAACCACCCACUUGAACCGCCUCCCGAGGCAAAGCCGGAAGGGAUAUCAAUUCUGGAUUUUCCUCAUCACAAGCUAUCUGUCUACCUGUCCUCAAUUAUUUCACUCUUAAUUGCGACUUUCCUGGGCUUCCUGGACGAUGUUUUCGACAUUAGAUGGCGACAUAAACUUCCAAUUCCAAUUAUUGCCUCGAUCCCCCUUCUCAUGGUCUACUAUGCGGAACGGGGAAACACCAAUAUCGUUAUGCCUAUACCCCUCCGUCCACUAUUUGGGACUCUUGUGAACCUUGGUCCACUAUACUAUCUCUAUAUGAUCCUUCUUUCGACAUUCUCAACAAACAGCAUCAAUAUCCUUGCUGGUAUCAACGGUUCUGAAGCCAGCCAGGCUUUGAUCAUCGCCAUUUCCGUUAUCCUGAACGACCUCUUGUAUCUUCCAUGGAGAUUUGGGUUCCGUUUCCCCCUCCAUUUGCUGGGAAACCGCGCAGAAGUCGAAUUUGGCGGAGUGUACGGAGCGGGUAUGGCCAAGGGAAGCCAUAUCCUUGUCGAAAGACAUCUGUUCAGUUUCUACUUCAUGCUUCCCCUUGUCGCCGUUGUUUCUGCCUUCCUCUAUCACAACUGGUAUCCUGCGCGAGCAUUCCCCGGAGAUACCCUCUGCUAUUUGACCGGGAUGGCUUUUGCUGUCGUCGGCAUCCAAGCUCACUUCUCCAAGACAUUGCUCCUGUUCUUUAUUCCUCAAGUAUUCAAUUUCGUUCUCUCCGCACCACAAUUGUUCGGCUUGGUGCCAUGUCCAAGGCAUCGAGUUCCAAGGUUUGAUCCUGAAACGAACCUACUUUACCCCUCCAAGGCUCAGUUCUUGAAGCCGCCGUCCAGGUUAUCGGCGGCUGUUCUCCACAUUCUGUCGACACUGGGGUUAGUGGAGCUCACUGUUCACCCGAACGGCUCCAUCCUGGAGGUGACCAACCUAACCAUACUCAAUUUCUUCCUCGUUCGUCUCGGACCGAUGAAUGAGAAACGACUGAACCAGGUUUUGAUGGCGUCGCAGACCGCAGGAAGUGUGUUGGCAUUCGUCAUCCGGUAUGGCCUUGCUGGGUUGGUUUAUGACGGAGAUCGACGAUGACAAGGCGACCGUUUCACUUGUUCACGUGUUUGUAUGGGUGUAACAACUUUUGU